AUCUGCUUGUUUUGUUUACCUUUUUCUUUUUUUCUUAUAUUUUCUCUUUCGUUCAUUUAUGGCAUUAAAACCUCCUAUACAAGAAUCAAUUGAACAUGCCGUGAUUGAUGUAUUUUCUGUCAAUGAUGGUAAACUCUCUGUUGAACAACAGAUUGAAGUUUAUGUCAAUGAUUUAUUCAAUGUACAAGAUAACAAGGCCAUUUCUCUUCAAGAAAUUUUAGAGGGCCUUCGUUAUGUCAUGGACUAUCGUAUCAAGAAUGGAAGUCAACCUCACCUUGAUCCCAGUCUCAUGAAACGUCUUUCCGAAGGUCUUUUUCUCAAUAUGGGACACAUAGAAGGACAUUUACUUAAAAAAAGAACCACUGCAGAAGCAGAUCAUGCAUUCUAUUUGUUUGGUGAUUUCCUGCAAGAAGUCGUUGAGUUCCGCAGUAUCCUCAGCGGCAUGGACGUCUCACAUUUACGCCAUCAACUUAAGCUGCAUUAUCGUUGCCAAUCCUAUUGUACAGAAGAACAAAAACGAGGUGCUCUAGUGGUUGUGUUUGCUUUGACUCGAUUCUUCCCUCAUCAGUUUGGAGAUUGGCACGAUUUGAUCAAGGAAAGUGAACAAAGCGAUCUAGAACGAUUGCUGAAUUCUUCUUUGGCUGAAAAGGUCAAGCAGGAAGAAGAUCAAGGCAAAAAACCAGUGCAUGAUAUUUUGUUGCCUCCUCCUCAAGCUCUUUAUUUUGACCGCUCUGUCGAUAAGAUCCUGGGCAUGUUUUCUCAAACAGAUCCUGUCCAAGGUUUGCCUCAAGCUUUGGUUCCUACCUUGCGCGAACAUUAUGGCACAAACCAACUACCUAAACCGCCUCGUCCUAAUCCCUACAAGAUGUUAUGGGAACAAAUCACGGACUUUAUGGUCUUGAUCUUGAUUGCAGCUGCUAUUGUGGAAGCAGCCGAGAAAGAAUUCAACAGUAUGAUUGUCUUGUUGGUCGUAGUUGUGUUGAAUACGAUCAUUGGGUUUAGUCAAGAAUGGAAAGCAAGUCAGACAUUGAAUGCGCUGAUGAAUUUAUCCGUGCCUCAAGCACGCGUUGUACGAGAUGGACAAGAACAGCUGGUCGACUCGGAAGACCUUGUGCCGGGUGAUUUGGUGAUUUUGGAGGAAGGGGAUGCUGUUCCUGCCGAUGUGCGUUUGAUUGAAGUGGCUCAAUUGGGUGUGAUAGAAGGUAUAUUGACAGGUGAAAGUUUGCCUGUUCAAAAGAAUACAGAAGCCAUUAAGGCUAAGACUAGGAGAAUUCCUUUAGGUGACUGUAAAGGUAAUGCCUUUAUGUCUACGAAUGUUGCUCGUGGUAGAGCUAAAGGCUUAGUUGUUCGUACUGGAUCAAAAACUGAAAUUGGUAAAAUCAGUGCCGCCAUUCAAAGUGGUUCUAAAAAUAAGGUCAAGACGCCUAUUCAGCGGAAACUCUCUAAACUUGGUAUUUAUUUGGUUAUCCUCGCCAUUGCUCUUUGUGCUCUUGUGGUAGUGAUCGGUGUUAUCUGGAAGCAUGAUGCACGAGAGAUGGUCAAUAUUGGUCUUAGUUUGGCUGUUUCUGUUAUCCCUGAAGGUUUAGUUGCAGUCACUACAGUCACCAUGGCUCUUGGUGUGAGACGCAUGGCAUCCAGAAAAUGUAUUGUGAGAACUUUACCUGCAGUAGAAUCUUUGGGCAGUGUUACGGUGAUCUGUUCUGAUAAGACCGGUACUCUGACCGAAGGCAAAAUGGGCACUGCUGAAAUAUGGACAACAGAUAAUUCACUUUAUAAAUUUACUGAAUCAACUUCCUUGGACCCUAGUCGCGGCCAAAUCAUUCGAGAACAAGAAGAACUACGUCGUCGUAUGAUUCAUAUUCGACAUACUGCUCCUUCCUCCCCUGAUGUACAUUCGCCUACGAUUGAUUAUGCAGCCAUGCGCCCUAAAUCCAUUGAUGUCUCUGAUCCCGAUGCUUAUACCAACCAGCUUUAUUAUGCCAUGUUGAUCGCUAGUCUUUGUAACAACUCUUCUAUUCGUCGUGAUGAGGAAACAAACGAACUCAAACCCAUUGGUGAUCCCACAGAAGUCGCCUUAACAGUCGCUUCUCAAAAAGCCAGCCUAGGCCGUGCUUAUUGGGAGCAAUUAGGGUUCCAGAAGGUGUUUGAGCGUGCUUUUGAUAGUGAACGUAAAUUGAUGAGUUCUGUUUACAGACAAGAAGAAGGUACCAUGGUCAACAAAGAUGCGCUCAUUAUGAUCUGCAAAGGUGCUCCUGAAGAAUUAUUGAGUAACUGUAGUGGUUACAUGACGACGUCUUCGCAUCCGACAAAAUCCUUAGCUAUGCAAACAUUUUCAGCUAUGACAGAUGACUUUGCAUCUCAAGUCUAUGAUGAAAACGUGCGUAUGGCUUCUCAAGGGUUACGUGUACUUGGUUUAGCGUACAAGACAAUUCCGGCCGACCGUGUAGAUCUUUCGACAGCUGGUGCAGAAAAAACAGAAUCAGCACUCAUUAACCCUGAAUUAGCAGAAUCUGAUCUUGUGUUUGUGGGUCUUGUGGGCUUGAUUGAUCCCCCUAAAAAGGGGGUCAAGGAAGCAGUUGAGACAUGUCAAAAAGCAGGUAUUCAUGUCAUGAUGAUUACUGGUGACCAUGUAGAAACAGCUACAGCAAUUGCCAAACAACUUGGUAUCUUUAAGGGCGGUGUUCCUGGCAUGAGUCGAGCUAUUUUAGGCCGUGAAUUAGACUUACUUUCAGAUGAUGCUAUUAUGGAACUUGAUCCAUUUCCCAGUGUAUUUGCUCGUGUUAGUCCCAACAACAAGCUCUCCAUUGUGAGUGCCUUGCAAAAAAGAGGUGAAUUGGUAGCCAUGACAGGUGACGGUGUCAAUGAUGCGCCUGCUAUCAAGACUGCAGAUGUCGGUGUUGCCAUGGGUAUGGCAGGUACAGAAAUCACAAAACAGGCUGCAGAUAUUGUGCUUGUGGACGAUAAUUUCACUAGUAUUGUGGAAGCUGUUGAAGAAGGCAGACAUGUAUUUGACAAUAUUCUCAAAUUUAUUGUCUACUUGUUGAGUUGUAAUGGUGCUGAAAUCUUCUUAAUGCUGAUUUGUACGAUUGCUAAUAUUGAUGUGCCUCUCUCGGUCAUGAUGAUUUUAUGGGCAAACAUCAUUGCUGAUAUUCCACCCGCCAUGGCCUUGGGUGUAGAGCCAAACGAAAAGGAUUUGAUGCAACGAAAUCCUCGUAAUCCCAAGAUGGGCGUAAUCACAAAGGUUACUUGGAUGGUGAUAUUCUUAAAUUCUAUGAUUAUUGCUGCUCUUGCUUUAGCCUCUUAUUGUAUUAGUUUAUACGUACUCAAGUUUCCCUUACAAGAAGCAAGAUCAAUGACUUUUACUACAUUGACUACGUUGCAAUUGGUUCAUUCAUUUAAUGCAAGAAGUGUUCAUCAGUCCAUUUUUACGACUGGUAUCACAAGUAAUCGAUGGAUGAUCGGUGCUUUUAUUGUCGCUUUCUCACUUAUGAUCAUUGGUAUUUAUGCGCCCGGUAUCUCUACUUGGUUAGAAUUGACUUUUGUUGGCUGGCAAUCUUGGGUCAUGACCAUUGUGGGUGUUGUGUUUUUGAUUGUAUUUGUCGAGAUUGAAAAGUUUGUUGUCAGAAGAAUGACUGGCAAGUUUUAAUCUAACAAAUAAAACAUUGUAUUUUGUACGUAUGCUUAGGAAAGUUUAUUCUAUUUAAUCUUGUUUCCGUAAAUAAACAUCAAUUUUGAUAAUUUCCGCACAAUUGAGGUUAGCCGAUGUAUGUGAGAAACUAUG